AUGAGUGCAGAUAUACUUGGUCUGGCUAGGGAGAGUAAUGGAAUCAGGAUUCUGGAGCCAUUUGAUACAUCUUUGAAGUACUCAAAUGCUUCUGGGAAGACCAAUAUACAUUUAUCUGUUUCUGAUAUAUUCAUGAAUUUCGCAGUCAGUAUCUCGAGACUAUUUCUAGCAGUGGAAGAUGAUAUUCUAUCAUUUUUGAGGAUGACAUCGAAGAAAAUGACUAUUGUUUGUUCUCACUUUGACAAAGUUGGAGUCAUAGAAAAUCCUCAUAAUGAUCAAAUUUUUGCCGUUUGGAGACUUCAUGAUCCUCCUGGUUUUGCUGUACUUGGUGACUACCUGACACCACUAGACAAACCACCUACAAAAGGAGUCCUUGCAGUAAAUACCAAUUCUAUUACAGUUAAGAGACCCAUUAAUUUCAGAUUGGUUUGGCCACCUUUAGUUUCUUCUGGGCAAUACAGGUGA